AUGCCAUCACUAUUUCUCACUUACGGUCCACAUGAUGAGAGGACCGUAGAAAAGGUAAAAGAAAUUCAUGACUAUCUCCGUACCGAACAGUCUAUCCAUUGCCAUGUUGACUACAAAGACUUGAGAACCAGAAGCAUGAACGUCAACAUGUGGAUAAAUGACAAUUUGGGGCGAGACUUUGUGUUGGUGGGCAUUGGUAAAGGUUAUACAGAAUACACAUGUAGCUAUCAAAGCACAGAUGAUACUGAUGACCCAAAUAGAAGUUAUAAUGGGUCAAUAUUUGACAGACUGCAGUCUGAAAUUAUUCAUAAUGGUUGUUGGAAUAAACGCUAUAUUCCUAUAUUAUUGGACGGUGCUACAGAUGAUGAUCUUCCAAGUAUUUUGCGAACUACAACAUUGUAUCAUUGGCCGAAAGACCAGCAAAAGCUGCUGGACAGAUUAUUAGGAAGACAAGAAUUUAAACCGCCUCUCAGAGGAUCAAGGCCUAUAGCCGUUGUCAAGUCUGUUCUCGGUUAA